AUGGCGAUUGAGCGGGUCUGGACCUUCUGGGAUACCGAAGAGGUGACUAUGUGGCUGACAUCGUUGUGGGUCGUCUACGGCGCUGGCUUGAGCGAGAAGCUCCUUGACGACUUCAUCAGGAAGCACAAUGUGCGGGAUGGAGUCUUUAGUGAGGUUUCCCAUGUGUGUUUGGGACCGCAGAAUAUUCGGCCUUUGAAACCUGUCGCGAGAGAGACAGAUGGCCUGAUCGAGACCGUCAGGAAAUUGGGAAUAGCCUAUGUGGCCUAUAGCCUGCUAGGCCGCGGCUGGCUCGUCAACAGUUGCGAUCCCUAG